CCCGGCAGCCGUUGAGGUUUGAACUCCGAUUCGCGGGCUCUGCGAGCGCGACACCUGACUCCGAGGCGGAUUUCCGUCCCAGCCUGCCGAGGAUUGGCUGGUUUCUCCACCAGCUUGAAAACCAUAUCGCUGUUUGGCGCGGAUGGUCCUCUGGUGUUUUCUUCCUUCCUUUUCAGUGGGGUCGAUCCCAGUCGAAGAAACGGCGGGUGAGCGUUGUCCAGGAGUCCAGGUGUCCAGACCUGUGAACCGAUAGGAGAAGGAUGUCUCCCCAAAACUUUGAAUUCCAUCUGCCCUUAGCCCCAGAGGAGUUGCUGAAAAGUAGAGGCGUGAAUCAGUAUGUUGUUCAGGAGGUGUUGCCCAUCAAGCAGCUUCCAUCUCAACUUAGAGCAUUUCAGUCUGCUUUCCGAGCUCAGGGACCUCUCGCUAUGCUGGAGCAUUUUGAUACAAUCUACAGCAUUUUACAUCACUUUCGAAGUAUAGAUCCUGGCCUCAAGGAAGAUACCCUGGAAUUCCUGAUAAAAGUGGUAUCCUGCCACUCCCAGGAACUUCCAUCCAUCCUGGAUGAUGCCACUUUGAGUGUAUCAGAUAGAACCGCCCAUCUGAACACCCUCAAGAUGAGCUGCUACGCCCUGAUCCGCCUCUUGGAGUCCUUUGAGAAUAUGACCGGCCAGACAAGCCUCAUCAACCUGGAUGUGGGUGGGAGGGGUAAGAAGGCCCGGGCCAAGGCAGCCCUUGGCUUUGAUUGGGAGGAAGAGAGGCAACCAGUUCUUCAGCUUUUAACACAGCUACUCCAGCUGGACAUUCGUCACCUAUGGAACCACUCAGUAAUUGAAGAAGAAUUUGUCAGUUUGGUUACUGGCUGUUGCUACCGCCUUUUGGAAAAUCCCACCAUUGGUCACCAGAAGAAUCGCCCCACUAGGGAAGCCGUAGCACACUUGCUUGGGGUGGCCUUGGUCCGUUAUAAUCAUAUGUUCAGUGCGACUGUGAAGAUCAUCCAGAUGCUGCAGCACUUUGAGCACCUGCCGUCUGUGCUAGUGGCGGCUGUGAGUCUGUGGGCAACAGACUAUGGAAUGAAGAGCAUCGUGGGCGAGAUUGUAAGAGAGAUUGGGCAGAAGUGUCCACAGGAGCUGAGUCGAGACACAGCAGGGACAAAGAGCUUUGCAGCCUUCCUCACUGAGCUAGCAGAGCGAAUCCCUGCUGUCCUUAUGUCCAGCAUGUGCAUUUUGCUAGAUCAUCUGAAUGAAGAGAACUACGUGAUGCGCAAUGCUGUGCUAGCAGCCAUGGCCGAGAUGGUCCUGCAGGUUCUAAAAGGUGACCAACUAGAAGAAACAGCCCGAGAAACCAGAGAUCAGUUCCUGGACAUCUUGCAAGCUCAUGUCCACGAUGUCAACUCCUUUGUGCGAAGCCGUGUUUUACAGCUCUUUACCCGAAUUGUCCAACAGAAGGUGCUCCCCCUGACCCGUUUCCAGGCAGUGGUGGCCUUAGCCGUGGGACGUCUGGCAGACAAGUCGGUGCUAGUAUGUAAGAAUGCCAUCCAGCUGCUGGCCAGUUUUCUAGCCAAUAAUCCCUUUUCCUGCAAGCUCAGUGAUGCUGACCUUGCUGGACCACUGCAGAAGGAGAUCCAGAAGUUACAAGACAUGAGAGCCCAGAGGCGACCCGUGGCUGCUUACUCCCUUUCAGCUGCAGCACUAGACCCAGAGGAGGAAUGGGAAGCCAUGUUGCCAGAAUUGAAGUCCACCCUGCAGCAGCUUCUAAAGCUUCCCCAGGAAGAGGAAGUUCAACAAAUCACUGGAACAGAGACUGUGGAAGAGGUGAAAGGACGCAUCCGUCAACUGCUCGCCAAGGCUAGUUACAAGCAAGCUAUUAUUCUCACUAGAGAAGCUACCAGUCACUUCCAGGAGUCCGAACCCUUCAAUCAUACAGACCUGGAGGAGGACAGCUUCCUGAAUCUCCUGGGAAUUAUCUUCAAAGGCUCUGCAGCUCCCACACAGGAGUCUCAUGGGGACAAUGUCCCUGUGCUAGCUAACAGUAAAGACACUCCCAGUGCGUCCGAGCCUGAAGGACCCCAGAGGGACGAUGAGCUGGUGAAGCAGGAGAUGUUAGUGCAGUAUCUGCAGGAUGCCUACAGCUUCUCCCAGAAGGUUACAGAGGCCAUCGGCAUCAUCAGCAAGAUGAUGUAUGAGAACACAAGCACAGUGGUGCAGGAGGUGAUUGAAUUCUUUGUGAUGGUAUUCCAAUUUGGGGUACCUCAGGCCCUGUUUGGGGUUCGCCGCAUGUUGCCUCUCAUCUGGUCUAAGGAGCCUGGUGUCCGGGACGCUGUACUUAAUGCCUACCGCCAACUCUACCUCAGUCCAAAAGGGAACUCAGCCAGAGCCACGGCCCAGGCCUUGAUACAGAACCUCUCUCUGUUGUUAGUGGAUGCCUCCGUCGGGACCAUCCAGUGUCUUGAGGAAAUUCUGUGUGAGUUUGUGCAGAAGGGUGAGAUAAAGCCAGCAGUUACCCAGCUGCUGUGGGAGCGAGCCACAGAGAAGGUCCCUUGCUCUCCGCUGGAGCGCUGUUCCUCUGUCAUGCUUCUUGGCAUGAUGGCACGAGGAAAACCAGAAAUUGUAGGAAGCAAUUUAGACACGCUGGUGAAGGUAGGUCUGGAGGAGUUCCCACCGGACUACAGGCUGGCCCAGCAGGUGUGCCUUGCCAUUGCCAACAUCUCGGAUAGGAGGAAGCCUUCCCUGGGUGAACGUCAGCCUCCCUUCCGACUGCCUCAGGAACACAGGUUGUUUGAACGACUUCGAGAGAUGGUCACAAAGGGGUUUGCACAUCCAGAUCCCCUCUGGAUCCCAUUCAAAGAGGUGGCAGUGACUCUGACCUACCAACUGGCAGAGAGCCCUGAAGUGAUCUGUGCCCAGAUGUUACAAGGCUGUGCAAAGCAAGCCUUGGAGAAGCUUGAGAAGAACACCAUUGAGGAGGACCCCAAGGACGCUGUCCCCAAGCUCCCCACAUUCCUGCUGAUGAACCUGCUGUCACUGGCUGGGGAUGUGGCCCUACAGCAGCUGGUACAUUUGGAACAUGCAGUGAGUGGAGAGCUGGGUCGGCGGCGAGUUCUUCAGGAAGAACAGGAACACAGGACCAAGGACCCCAAGGAGAAGAGUACAAGCUCUGAAACAACCAUGGAGGAGGAGAUGGGGCUGGUCGGGGCCACUGCUGAUGACACAGAGGCAGAGCUGAUCCGCGGCAUCUGUGAGAAGGAGCUGCUGGAUGGCAAUCAGGUGCUAGCUGCCUUUGUUCCGCUGCUGCUUAAAGUCUGCAACAACCCUGGCUUGUACAACCCAGACCUCUGUGCGGCUGCUUCGCUGACCCUUGGCAAGUUCUGCAUGAUCAGUGCCCCUUUCUGUGACUCCCAUCUUCGUCUUCUGUUCACCAUGCUUGAAAAGUCUUCACUUCCCACUGUCCGCUCUAAUCUCAUGGUUGCCACUGGGGAUCUGGCUAUCCGCUUCCCCAACCUGGUGGAUCCCUGGACUCCUCAUCUGUACGCCCGCCUCCGAGACCCAGCUCAGCAAGUGCGGAGGACAGCGGGGCUGGUGAUGACACACCUGAUCCUGAAGGACAUGGUGAAGGUGAAGGGGCAGGUGAGCGAGAUGGCCGUGCUGCUCAUCGACCCUGUGCCUCACAUCGCUGCUCUGGCCAAGAAUUUCUUCAAUGAGCUCUCCCACAAGGGCAACGCAAUCUAUAAUCUCCUCCCUGAUAUCAUCAGUCGCCUGUCAGACCCAGAGGGUGGGGUGGAAGAGGAGCCCUUCCACACCAUCAUGAAGCAGCUCCUUUCCUACAUCACCAAGGACAAACAGACUGAGAGCCUGGUGGAGAAGCUUUGUCAGCGGUUCCGCACAGCCCGAACUGAGCGGCAAUACCGGGAUCUGGCCUACUGUGUGUCCCAGCUGCCCCUCACAGAGCGAGGCCUCCACAAGAUGCUGGACAACUUUGACUGCUUUGGAGAUAAGCUGUUAGAUGACUCUGUCUUUGCUGCUUUUUUGUCAGUUGUGGGUAAACUGCGUCGGUGGGCCAAGCCUGAGGGCAAGUCUACAAUAGAUGAAUUUGAGCAGAAGCUUCGGGCCUGUCACACCAGAGGCAUGGAUGGAAUAGAGGAGCUUGAAGCUGGCCAAGGAGGCAGCCAGAGAGCCCUGUCUGCCAAGAAACCCGCUGCCGUCUCAAGGCAACAGCCUCUGACUUCUGUAGAUUCAGACAAUGACUUCGUCACACCUAAGCCUCGGCGUACCAACCGCCCUCGACCAAACACUCAGCAGCGGAAGUCCAAGAAGAAAGCCAAAGUUACCUUUUCAAGUGAUGAGGCCAGCGAGGACGAACUUUCAGCAGAGAUGACAGAAGAGGAGACACCCAAGAGAACCACCCCCAUCCGCAGAGCAUCUGCCCGAAGACAGAGGUCCUAGGAGUUGUUGCCUUUACCUAUUCCCAUCCCUGCCAUGCAGGGUAUCUUAUUGGAUGCCUUUGAAUUCAGUUCCUCCCUUGUAAAAAUGUUUGCUGCCUCUUUGUUUUUAACAUGUAAAUGAUCUUUGCAUUCAGUGUCUUUCUCUGAGAGCCCAUCUGAGGGCUGCUUUCACUUCCCAAGAGAUACUUAACCAAUCGUGUUUUUUAAGAAUAAAUGUUUUUAUAUGCUUUUAA